CAGGAUAGCGUGAUCCAUGCACUUGGGAUGUUGCUCGACUUUCGGAAAGCGUAAAAAUACACUCGCCUGCGGCUCGAGUAUUUUUACGCUUUCCGAAAGUCUCGCGCCAAUUCUCGUGCAUGGAUCACGAAAUCCUGCACGGAAAACCAUUCGGUAUUCCUUUAAUAAAACAUGUACAGUCAUAUAUAGUUAUAUAUAGUGUCUUUGGCAUAGGGAAGAAUACCUUAAUGGUAAAUAUGUCAAUAUUGCUCUUUCCCUCUUAAACGUAAUAAAAUUAAUAUUAAAAAGUUUCUGAUUAUUCCAGGUGUGCGAAUGUUAGAUGGCAAAGCAACAGACGCGUUGGAAGCGAGUGGUCUGAGUUUUGGCAGAGAGCUCAUUGAUGUUUAUGUCAAUUGUUGGGGACCCAAGGACGAUGGGAAGACGUUUGGCAAACCGGGACCCCUGGCUGGAAAAGCCUUGAGGGAAGGAGCGACGAUGGUGAGGAACUAGUUACACAUGUAAAAACGCACAAGUUGUAACAAACUGCAGCAGACUUGUAGCAAUGCUGUUCCGAUAACUUGUCAACAGGAUGUGUUCGCACUGCUUGUUCCCAGCUUCUGGACAAGUCGUUAACGGCUUGUUGACAACUUGCUACAAGGUUGUUGAGCUCAACAGACUUGUUAUCGUCCUGCAAUUCAACAAUUUGUCAACAAGUUGCGAGUGACAACCUUGUAGCAACUUGAUAAAAUGACAGCAUUGUUACAACUUGUAGACAAGCUUGCUACAAGCCUGUUGCGAACACAUCUUGUUGACAAGCUUUCUAGAAGGUUGUUCAGCUCAGCAGACUUAUUACAAAGUUGUUUCCAACAACUUGUUAUGUCCUGUAAUCGAACAAUUUGACAACAACUUGUGAGUGACAACCUUGUAGCAAUUUACUUGAUAACAUAACAACAGCAUUGUUACAACUUGUUGACAAGCUCGCUACAAGCCUGUUGCGAACACAUCUUGCUAACAAUUUAUGAGAUUGUAGCUGCAAUCAGCGCUUCUGAUUUUGACCGUCAUUUGCAUCUCAUGUAACACCGACCAGUGUUAGGUUAAAAUACGCCACUAUCUAUCAAAAGACCUAUAUUUUUUGUAGGGUCGCAAAGGUAAAGGGAAUAUCUAUGUCUGGGCAACAGGCAAUGGUGGUCUCACAGACGACGACUGCAAUUGUGAUGGAUAUACAACGAGUAUUUAUACCAUUUCUAUUGGCUGUAUCAGUGAUCACGGAUUGUCCACCUACUAUACCGAACUGUGUGCUUCCACUUUGGCUGUCACUUUCAAUGGUGGAGCACAUCGAGAAAGAGAGGAAAAUAAAAUGGUAAAUAUCCCAUUCCUAAUAUAUACAGUGACAACUUUCCACUCAAUUCAGAUUGAAAAUUUUUAGUGUGAAAUCAUAUAGCUACAUGCAUGUAUUCAGGUCUUGCAAUCACGCGGGAAUAUUACGUCGCGCUAAGGAAUCACGCGAUUAUGGGGCAAAAAUAACGGACAGCAAAGGAAACGGCUGUUUGAAUUAUAGCCACUGGCUAUAAGAUAUACCGAAAACAGGCCUACUUUAUAGCCACAGACCGCACCUAAAGGCAUGCCAAGGUAUUUAUGUUUUGUUACUUCUCGCAGAUCACGACAGAUUUGUUUCAUAAAUGUACAGAGGAGUUCAAAGGGACAUCAUCUGCCGCUCCUAUCGCUGCUGGAAUAUUCUCUCUAACUUUGGAAGCCAAGUAAGAUUCUCUUUCCCACAUUUAAGGAUUAAACCAAAACGCUACAUAUCUAACAAGUUACAUAUCUAACAAGUUUCGCGUUUUCUUGGCAGUAGAAAGAUGGACUCCUCAUGAGUUUUAGCAAAACCAAACACAUUAUAAAUAAUAAUACUUUAUUUACACACAAAAAAUAUUUACAAGUAUUGAAUAAUUAAAAGAAUAGUAUAACCAUUUAUAGCUCAGUGAGUAUAACGGGCUAGAGACCUCUGGAAAUCCUGUUGGACUUUUAUGACGAGGCCCCUAUAGUUACAGUAUUCAGUGAUAUAGAAAUAUAUUUUGUACAUAAUGUUGCAAUGUCAUUCAUUAGUAUUCCUAAAAUAUUUACAUCAACUAGACAUCAAGUAAUGGAAUUUUCCUAAACGUUUUCUUAAAACAAAAAUGUGAUUUAAUAUUCUCAGUUUCUUCAUCAAGACAAUUCCACAUAGAAACUCCUUUGUUAAAUACAGUGUAUAUUUACAUGUAGUUGUGUAGUUAGUCUAUGUAGAUAGUCAUUAAUUUUAUAGAGAUUCAAGAUUUUCAAAUGUAAAUCACUUACAUAUUUUCUCUCUACAUACAGUCCCAACCUAACAUGGCGAGAUAUGCAGCACGUGAUUGUAGAGACAGCACAGAUGACCAGUCCUGUGGACGAGGGUUGGAUGAAAAACGGAGCCGGGAAACACUUCAACCAUAAGUUCGGCUUUGGACGUAUGGACGCCGCGAAGAUGGUUGAACGAGUUAAAACCUGGACCAAUGUCGGUCCUCACAAAACAUGUGUUGGACAAGUCUUCGAUAAACAAAGGUAAGGGCUGGUGAAUUGGUGUCCGACCUAACUGUAACUUCGUCCAGCAUAAAUCAAAAUGUAGCCUAGUCCUGAACUAGAGAAGCUGGUAUGUUAAAUGGAGAAAUGACUAUUUUUUGAGCCGAAAGUGGUUAUUUUUAACGCGCGUAAUACAAAUAUAUACAAAAUUUGUGAACUUCACAGGGCUAUAUUUUCUUCAUUUUACAACAUUUAGCAACCAAUCUUUGCAGUUUUACUCAUUCUAAGACGCUCUUUCUAGCUGUGCUGUUGGAUGUCGUUCUUCUUGCCUUGAUCAAAAUUUUAGUCAAUAGCUCGAAUCACCCAUUGAAACAUUGUUCAUUUCAUCUCUAGGGACGUACCAUCUGCGGGCAGUAUGGAGUUCCAAUUUUCGUCAGACGCCUGUAUCGGUGGCGAUAAUCAGGUGGAUAAACUAGAACAUGUGGUGUUAACUGUUAGCUUUAUCCAUCGUCGUCGCGGAGAUCUCAGUUUACUUCUCAUCUCACCCUCGGGAACAAAGAGUGAGCUAUUGUCUACGAGACGUUAUGAUGAUUCUAAGGAGGGCUUGGAUGACUGGAAGUUCAUGACUGUGCACUUCUGGGGUAGGUUUGCAAAACUAACUUUAGGUGUACUGGAUAACUCUAUCAGUUCUAAAGUUUAAACUGUUCUCAUAAAGAGAUCCAGUAAGGAUCAUCUCCGAUUGAUCCAGUGUUAUAACAGGAGGAAACCUAUACUAAACUAACUUUAGUUAUACUGGAUAGCUCUAUCAGUUCUAAACUGUUCUUCCUAGAGGUCCAGUAAGGGUCAUCUCUUAUUGAUCCAGUGUUACUACAGGAGGAAACCUAAACUAAACGAACUGUAGUUGUACUGGAUAGCUCUAUCAGUUCUAAACUGUUCUUCCUAGAGGUCCAGUAAGGGUCAUCUCUUAUUGAUCCAGUGUUACUACAGGAGGAAACCUAAACUAAACGAACUGUAGUUAUACUGGAUAGCUCUAUCAGUUCUAAACUGUUCUUCCUAGAGGUCCAGCAAGGGUCAUCUUUUAUUGAUCCAGAAGAAACCUAAACUAAACUAACUUUAAUUAUCCGGGAUGGCUCUAUCAAUUCUAAACUGUUCUCAUAAAGGUCCAGCAAGGAUAAUUUCCGAUUGAUCCAGUGUUACUACAGGAGGAAACCUAAACUUAACCAAUUUUAGUUAGACUGGAAAGCUCUAUCAGUUCUAAACUAUUCUCAUAAAGGUCCAGCAAGGAUCAUUUCCGAUUGAUCCAGUGUUACUACAGGAAGAAACCUAAACUAAACUAACUUUAGUUACACUGGAUAGCCCUAUCAGUUCAUCUCCUAUUGGUAUAGUGUUAGUACAGAAGGAAAGUUAUGUCCAGAAUUUUACCGCCUUUUUUUCAGGUGAAAAUCCCAAAGGUCUUUGGAAAGUGAAGGUGACGGAUAGUCCACUGGAUGAUAAUGGUCAGCGGAUGGUGUCAGGAUAUGGCACACUUCAUGCAGAUACAAGUAAACAGGAACACGACGUCGAAGAUUUGGAACAACAAGUCAUUGAUGACCAAACUAAACAACAACAAAAUCUCGUUGAUCAAAUGAAAACCAAGGUCAGUAUUGAUCGUUCGUUCGAAUGACUUCGGACCAGUUUGAGCGAUUUCUCGUCCCGGUCUUAUACUUUCGGAAGAGAAAUGUUUUUUUUGAUAAACAUUUUGCUGAUAUCCACCAUUAAAAGUCAAUUUUUUUACCCAACCUCAAAUAUCAAUUAAAAAAUAAAUACCCACCCCUCUGGCCAAAAACGUUACAAAAGGAUACCAUUCAGUUGUCACACAUGUCCUUUACCACUUCUGUGACAUGAGUUUGAUAACUGCUUGUGCAAUUUUCUGCAGUGUAAAAGUUUCAUGUUGUCUGCACAUGUACUUUCUUCCGAGCAACCAUUUGCCUCUUGACAAAUCGGAAUGUGAUCAAGAUAGUGACUCUGAUUGAUUUACAUAUUGUAUUGACAUAUGACUGUUAACAUUGCUUUUUAGUCUUCAAUAUUUGAGUGAGUCAUGCUUUGGAAAUGACUAUAAAUUUUUCUUACCCAACCCUUGAGUUGUUUUGUUUUUCAUUUACCCAACCUUUUACUCACUCAAAAUUUUGUUUACCCAACCCUUUUCUCUUCGGUCCGACCCCAUAAAUAACGACCGAUUGACCGCUCCUUGUCCUUAUCCAGUACAGCCUGUUUUUAUCAGUUUCAUUCUCACCAAACUUUACAUCUCAGGAUCCUCAUGUCGACUUUCCCUACCCACCCGGAGUUCGCCGUGACCAUCUGAAUUCAUCAUCCGUGGAUGCCCUCGGUGCCUCUCCCCAGUACUCCUCGAACUUCAACUACAAUGGCGUCACUAGUUCCCAGUCAAUCAAACGGUGGAAAGUGCCUCUCGCCUCGACUCUGGAGAAUCCGAAAGACUCGAAAAGGGCCGAUAUGAUAAGGAAAGUUCAAGUAGCUACGGAGGAACAACCGAUUCAAAGAGUGCAGGUUAAUGCUGGAUAUGAAAAUCCAGAGAUAGUUUGCCUAGGUUCCACUUGUUCUGGCGUAUUUUUGCGUUAUGGGUUAACUUUACAUGGCACUCGCGAAGGCGUGUAGUAUAUAUUGAUAUGCUUCGUAAUCAACCUAGCCUGCGUGGCACGCCCUCAAUUUUUUUUGGGGAGGCUUGAUAUACAGCGGACGGGCAAAAUCCUGCCCGCUGCAAAUCAGCCCCCCCCCCAUAAAAUUGAGGGCCUGCCACCCAAUCUAUAAUCAACAGAGAUAUGGUCUAGAAACUCUGCGAUAAAUCUUUGUUCUAUCUUUUUUUCCAUGUUUAGAUCUGGGACGGAUCUACCCUAGUGGUGAAAGGGGGGGGGCACCCCACUUAGUGCUGUUUAGCACCUCCUAAGAGAAGUCUAGCACCAGCCUAAAAAAUCUGCUUGACCAUACAUUUCUGCUUUUCGAAUAGCGAUUAGUGGUUGGUUUAUUUAAAUAUACUGUACUUUAACACGCAAAUUUACUGUGCUACAAAUGAACUAUAUAAACAAAAGAUAAUGUAAAACGUAACAGAACGGCGAACAUGCAGAUGGCAGAUGCAAUGUUAGGAUAGUAGCGUUGCAGACGGCAGAGGAGAGUGGGCAGUAAGGCUCCCUCAUGCACCACCCCAUGGAAAACCUGCACCAAACCUCGCAGAUGAGGCUAGAUCCGGCCCUGUUUCAAAAUGAAAUUAAAGCUCAUUAUAGAGACUUAGGCAUACGUCUAUAGUUUCUAGACCUUAUUUCGAUUGACUAUUUCUGUGUACGUAUAUUUAAUAUUUUC